UGAACCUCGCAGGUUAGGGGAGAGAAAAGAGGAGCUGGUGCACUGUCUGUUACAACUACAACACAGGAACAAAUAGUGAAUGGUAGUGUCUAGAAAGGGUAUGUCCCUUCAGGAGAGAGGUGCCAAUGUCCAACCGGCCUAAUUCCAAUCCAGGGGGGUCACUGCGCCGUUCACAGAGGAACACUGCUGCGGCCCAGCCACAAGACCACACAGUAGCUGGAAGGUUGCAGUCAGAGCAGGUAAAACAUAAAGCAAAUUCCCCACCUGAAAGUAGAAGACCUAAUUCUAAAGCUCCCAAAGCCACAGCCAGCUCAGCCACUGGCCAGUCCAGAGGCCACAGCUCAAGAAGCAGAAGCGGUCUUACUCUGUCAGUGGCUUCGUUUGUGUUUCAAGACGAUCCAGAGGCUGCAGGAACAUCCGAACAAGAGCGUUCAGGCCACCAGUCAAAGAGCGAGGGCACCCGAGGACUCAAACGAAGCGAAGCUCCUGACCAAAUUAGUGUCCUUGGACCAACCCCUGCCAAGAAGGCCAAGUCACUCCCUUCAACCAGAGACAAUACCUCAGAGACCAAGAAAGGCACAUCUAAGUCCAAGAAGAGACCCGUAGCCUCUGAGCCACCUGCAGCAUCAGGUCGAGGUCAGAACAAGAAGAGUGUGGCCGCUGGGGCCUCCCCAGUCCAGAAACGGAAAAAAUCAGACUCUGCCCCCAGCCUAAGUAGCACCGCUGGGUCCCUCCCCAAUUGUACCGAGGGCAGAACUGCAAAACCCACCAAGCUGGCGUCUAAAUCGGCCGCCUCAGCCAAAGCUGGGUGUAGCAACGUGACAGACUCCUCCUCCUCUGCCUCCUCCUCCUCUUCUUCCUCCACAGGCACCAACAGCGCAGCGACUCAGGGUGCUCGAGUCAAACAGGGAAAAGAUCAGACCAAGGCACGCCGCUCCCGCUCAGCGUCCAGCCCUUCUCCACGCCGCAGUACACGGGACAAGGAGCAGGCCAAAGCUGCCAGCUCUUCAAAAUUUGAUUGGGCAGCACGCUUCAACCCCAAAGUAAACCUGCCAAAACCCAAAUUGCCCUUGCCCGGAUCCUCCAAAACUGAGACCUCCAAACCUGGGCCAUCAGGACUACAAGCUAAACUAGCAAGUUUGAGGAAGUCUACCAAGAAGCGAAGCGAGUCUCCUCCAGCAGAGCUCCCCAGUUCUCGGCGGAGCACACGCCAGAAGACCACGGGCUCCUGUGCCAGCACCAGUCGGCGGGGCUCAGGCCUGGGCAAGCGCGGGGCAGCCGACGCUCGCCGACAGGAGAAAAUGGCCGACUCGGACAACAACCAAGACGGGGCCACCUCAUCAGCUGCUCGGACUGAUGAGGCUUCACAAGGAGCUUCAGCCUCAAGCUCAGUUGCUGGAGCAGUGGGCAUGACCACCUCUGGAGAGAGUGAGUCUGAUGAUUCUGAAAUGGGAAGGCUUCAAGCUCUUCUGGAAGCCAGAGGUCUCCCCCCUCAUCUUUUUGGGCCCCUGGGACCUCGUAUGUCACAACUGUUUCACAGGACCAUAGGCAGUGGAGCCAGUUCCAAGGCUCAGCAGCUCCUGCAGGGCCUUCAGGCUACAGGCGACGAGUAUCAACAGCUUCAAGCUGCUAUUGACAUGUGCCAGCUGCUGGUGAUGGGUAAUGAGGAAACACUUGGCGGGUUUCCUGUAAGGAGCGUGGUACCUGCUUUGAUUACACUGUUACAAAUGGAGCAUAACUUCGAAAUUAUGAAUCACGCCUCCCGUGCGCUCACUUACAUGAUGGAGGCGCUCCCUCGGUCUUCUGCUGUGGUUGUUGAUGCUAUUCCUGUCUUCCUGGAGAAGCUUCAGGUGAUCCAGUUCAUUGACGUAGCAGAGCAGGCACUGACUGCCCUGGAGAUGCUGUCAAGGCGACACAGCAAAGCCAUUCUGCAGGCGCGUGGGCUCGCUUACUGCCUGCUCUACCUGGAAUUCUUUAGCAUCAAUGCUCAGAGGAAUGCUUUGGCCAUUGCAGCUAACUGCUGUCAGAGCAUUACUCCAGACGAGUUUCACUUUGUUGCUGAUUCUCUGCCACUGUUGACUCAGAGACUCACUCACCAGGAUAAAAAGUCAGUCGAAAGCACUUGUCUCUGUUUCGCCAGACUGGUGGACAACUUUCAACAUGAGGAAAACUUGCUGCAGGAGGUGGCCUCAGGGGACCUGUUGACCAACAUUCAGCAGCUGCUGGUUGUGACCCCUCCCGUUCUCAGCUCGGGGAUGUUCAUCAUGGUGGUGCGCAUGUUUUCUCUGAUAUGCUCCAACUGCCCAUGCCUGGCAGUCCAGCUGAUGAAACAGAAUAUUGCAGAGACCCUGCGUUUCCUCUUGUGUGGUGCUUCUAACGGCAGCUGCCAGGAGCAGAUUGAACUGGUACCCCGGAGCCCUCAGGAGCUUUAUGAACUAACCUCCCUCAUAUGUGAGUUGAUGCCCUGCCUGCCCAGAGAGGGCAUCUUUGCUGUGGAUGUAAUGCUGAAGAAGGGCAGUGCCCAGACAACCGAGGGAGCUAUCUGGCAGUGGAGGGACGACCGGGGCCUGUGGCAUCCCUACAACCGCAUUGACAGCCGCAUUAUCGAGACAGCCCAUCAGAAUGGGGAGGAUGAGAUCAGCUUGUCAACCCUGGGCCGUGUGUACACAAUCGACUUCAACUCUAUGCAGCAGAUAAAUGAAGACACAGGAACAGCGCGGGGUAUCCAGAGGAAGCCUAACCCUCUUGCCAACCCUAACACAGGGAGUCACCAAGAAAUCCGUCAAGAAGACGCCCGAGCCCAGUUGAUGAAGGAGGACCCUGAGCUGGCCAAGUGCUUUAUUAAAACACUGUUUGGGGUCUUGUAUGAGGUGUACAGCUCAUCAGCUGGCCCUGCUGUCCGACACAAGUGCCUUAGAGCCAUCCUCAGGAUAAUAUACUUUGCUGAUGCAGACCUGCUAGAGGAUGUGCUAAGGAAUCAUGCUGUGUCCAGUCACAUUGCCUCCAUGCUGUCCAGCCAGGACUUGAAGAUUGUAGUGGGUUCUCUGCAGAUGGCUGAGAUCCUCAUGCAGAAGCUACCUGAUGUCUUCAGUGUCUAUUUCAGAAGAGAAGGUGUCAUGCAUCAAGUGAAGAACCUUGCAGAGUCUGAGAGCUUUCUAGUCACUAGUCCCCCAAAGGCUUGUCCCAGUGGCACUGCCAGCCUCUGCACUACGACCAUCAGCACGGCGUCCACCACAUCAACUAAUAAUGCAACCCCUGACCUGGGCUCUCCCAGCUUCCAGCACAGCAUGGACGACUCGCUGGACCUCAGCCCACAGGGGCGGUUAAGUGAUGUCCUAAAGAGAAAACGGCUUCCCAAAAGAGGACCCAGAAGGCCUAAAUACUCUCCACCAAGAGAUGAUGAUAAAGUAGACAAUCAGGCCAAGAGUCCUACCAGUACUCAGUCUCCUAAAUCCUCGUUCCUAGCCAGUCUCAAUCCCAAGACCUGGGGGAAACUGGGUGCCCAGACCAACAAUGCCAACUCUGAGCCCUCCCGCACAGCCGGAGUGAGCGGCCUGACACGGCCUCCUCCAAAGGACUCGGUUUCAAAUAACAGGGACAAAAUAAAGGCCUGGAUCAAAGAGCAGGCUAGCAAAUUUGUGGAACGCUACUUCAACUCUGAAAACGUGGACGGCAGCAACCCUGCACUGAAUGUACUCCAGAGACUUUGCACAGCCACUGAGCAGCUCAACCUGCAGCUGGAUGGUGGUUUGGAGUGCCUAGUGGAGAUCUCUAGCAUUGUAUCGGAGUCGGACGUGUCGUCUUUUGAGAUCCAGCACAGCGGGCUGGUGAAGCAGCUCCUGCUCUACCUUACCUCCAGCGCGGACCGAGACCUGCUGAGUCGCGACGUGCGGCUCAAGCGGUUCCUCCAUGUGUUCACCGGCUGUCCGGUUCCCGGAAUGGAGCCUGUUGGUCGUCUGGAGCCUACAGAGACCGCCCCUUACCUGGCCCUGGUGCACAAGAUGAACAGCUGUCUGAGCCAAAUGGAGCAGUUUCCUGUCAAGGUGCACGACUUCCCCAGUGGAAACGGCAAUGGCAGCAGGGGAUCUCAGGCACUGAAGUUCUUUAACACGCACCAGCUCAAGUGUCAGCUGCAGAGACACCCAGACUGCACUAAUGUCAAACAGUGGAAAGGAGGCCCUGUGAAGAUUGACCCGCUGGCCCUCGUUCAAGCCAUUGAGAGAUACCUCGUGGUCAGGGGAUACGGUCGAAUCAGAGAAGAAGACGAGGACAGCGAUGAUGACGGUUCAGACGAUGAAAUAGACGAGUCACUGGCAGCGCAGUUCCUGAACUCUGGCAGUGUUCGUCACAGACUCCAGUUCUACAUCGGUGACCACUUGUUACCUUACAACAUGACAGUAUACCAGGCUGUACGACAGUACAGUCUGCAGGCAGAAGAAGAAAGGGAGUCCACAGAUGACGAGGCAAAUCCACUCGGACGGGCCGGAAUCUGGACCAAAACGCACACAAUAUGGUAUAAGCCUGUGAGAGAAGAUGAGGAUGGUAGCAAAGACACUGUGGGUGGAAAAAGAGGCCGUGCACAGACUGCUCCCACCAAAACCUCACCUCGCAACGCCAAGAAGCAGGAUGAGCUGUGGCAUGAUGGCGUAUGUCCCAGCAUCAUCAACCCCUUAGAGACAUACCUCACUUCAGAGCCUCCAGAGACCAUAACCUUUGAUGACCCCUCCUUAGAGGUCAUCCUGCUGCUGAGGGUCCUGCAGUCCGUCAGUAGAUACUGGUUCUACUUGCAUGAUAAUGCUGCGUGUAAGGAAAUCAUUCCUACAAACGAGUUUAUUAACAGUAAACUGACUGCCAAAGCCAAUCGUCAGCUACAGGACCCGCUGGUCAUCAUGACAGGAAACAUACCAACCUGGCUCAUCGAGCUGGGAAAGACCUGCCCCUUCUUCUUCCCCUUUGACACCCGGCAGAUGUUGUUCUACGUCACUGCCUUUGAUCGUGACCGAGCCAUGCAGCGCUUGCUGGACACUAACCCUGAGAUAAACCAGUCAGAUUCUCAGGACAGCAGAGUUGCUCCCCGUCUUGACAGAAAAAAGAGGACGAUAAACCGCGACGAGCUCCUGAAACAGGCAGAGUCCGUCAUGCAGGAUCUGGGAAGCUCCAGAGCAAUGCUGGAGAUUCAGUACGAAAACGAGGUGGGCACAGGUCUUGGCCCCACCCAGGAGUUCUACGCUCUGGUGUCGCAGGAGCUCCAGAGAGCCGAUCUCGGCCUUUGGCGUGGCGAGGAGGUCACUCUGGCCAAUCCAAAAGGACUGUUUGCUGUUCCCUUUGGACGGACCACCAAACCAGCACAUAUAGCCAAAAUCAAAAUGAAGUUUCGUUUCUUAGGAAAGUUAAUGGCCAAAGCCAUUAUGGACUUCAGACUGCUGGAUCUCCCCUUGGGGCUUCCAUUUUAUAAGUGGAUGCUACGGCAUGAGGUGUCCAUAAGCUCGCACGACUUGGUGAACAUUGAUCCUGGCGUGGCUAAGUCCAUCCACCACCUGGAGGAUAUUAUCCGCCAGAAGAAGAGGCUGGAACAGGACCGGUCGCAGACGAGGGAGACCUUACAGCAGGCGCUGGAGAGCCUGAACAUGAACGGCUGCUCGGUGGAGGACCUGGGCUUGGACUUUACACUCCCAGGAUUCCCAAACAUUGAGCUGAAAAAGGGUGGCAAAGACGUCCCGGUCACAAUCUACAACCUGGAGGAGUACCUCAGGUUGGUCGUGUACUGGACCUUAAAUGAAGGAGUUUCGCGGCAGUUUGAGUCAUUCAGGGAAGGCUUUGAGUCGGUCUUCCCUUUGCAUCACCUGCAGUAUUUCUAUCCAGAGGAGCUUGACCAGUUGCUGUGUGGCAGUAAAUCGGAGACGUGGGACGUCAAGAUGCUGAUGGAAUGUUGUCGGCCCGACCAUGGAUACAUGCAUGACAGCCGCGCAGUCCGGUUCCUGUUUGAGGUGUUGAGCAGCUUCGACGCCGAGCAGCAGAGACUUUUCCUGCAGUUUGUCACAGGAAGCCCAAGACUGCCUGUCGGAGGUUUCCGGAGCCUGAACCCCCCUCUGACCAUCGUGAGGAAGACGUUUGAGUCAACGGAGAACCCGGAUGACUUCCUCCCCUCAGUCAUGACCUGUGUCAACUACCUGAAGCUGCCUGAUUACUCCAGCAUAGAGAUCAUGCGAGAGAAACUGUUGAUUGCAGCUCGUGAGGGCCAGCAG